AUGAUUUGUAUGCAAAUUAUUCUAAUAAUUUUAACUACUAUUCCAUAUGGAAUUUUAAAUAUUUAUUCAUUAGUAACAAUUAAAACUAUUAAAGAUAAAAAUCGUUUAAAUACAGAAUCAUUAGUUUUUACAAUUAUUUCUCUCAAUACAUUUAUUCAUACUAGUAAAAAAUGUUCAACAGAUGAUGAUUGUGAUCUUGAAUUAAUGUGUAAUAUUGAAAGUCAUACUUGUACACGUCCACAACCAUAUUUUUGGCAUGAAGAUAUUCGUGCCUGUUAUGGUUGUGCUUCUAGUUGGUUAAAAUUACAAGCAAAUAAAUGUCUCCUAUUUGCCAUCAGUCAUUCAUCAGGUGUUAUAUAUAAUAUGCAUGAAUUUACAGCUUUGCAAGAUCAAAUUAAAUAUUUAUUAAAUGGAAAUGUUGUAUUAAUUGCUAGUCUUUAUUUUUAUCAAGGUGUAUGGGUGCGAAUAAAUAAUGUAAUAGAAAAUGCCAAUAAUAUUAAUGAAGAACAAUUAGCACUUGCUCUUUCAACUUCAGGUGAUGAUAGUUCAAAUAAAGACUUGAAUGAUAUUCUAUCUUAUGGUGAUAUUGCUGCUGAAACUUCAAAUAGUAUAACAAGUUUUACAAGUGUUGUUAGUCAAGAAUAA